CUCUCUUCUCUUCUGUUCCGCUCUUUCCUUCCUUUCUAGUAUAUUCUCUCUCUAACUAUAUCUAUAUAUUUUUCUAUAUAUAUACUCCAUUUUUAAAGACACCACAUGCUAGUGUAUCUCAGAGAGAGAGAGAGAGAGAUAGAGAUAGCAAGAUUUGAAUGCAAGAGGUGAAAUUGCAGUGAGGCAGUUUCCCGGUCAAGCUUAUAUCCGUCUCUUAUGCUCUUUGUCCCCUCAUCGGAUCCAGAGUUCCUUCUUUUUACCUCAAAGGCUGAUUUCAUUCCUAAACCUACUUUUGUAGUGUAGGAGGAUUUUUUAUUUUUAUAUUUUUUUUUUAGAAUUAGUUAUUAGGGUUUGGAAUGGAUGAUAGGAAUGUGAAAGAGGGGGGUGGUGGUGAAGUUGAUAUUGAAAGUGGAUUGGUAAUAAUUGAAGAUGAUUGUGGUAAUACCAAAAUUUAUUGUGAUUUUGUUGGAGAUUCUAUAAAAGGGGAUGAUAGAAAUAGUGUGGUUUCCAUGGAGAUGGAGAAAGUGACCAAGUUGUUGCCGGGGAAAGAGUCUGUGAAAAGUGUGGAGAGUUGUUUAGUUAAGGAGAAGAGGAAAAAGUCUGGUAACAAGAAGGCGGCGAAACCUCCGCGAGCUCCACGAGGGCCGUCGUUGGAUGCUGCUGACCAGAAGUUGAUUAGGGAGAUCACUCAGCUUGCCAUGUUGAAGCGUGCGAGGGUGGAGCGGAUGAAGGCGUUGAAGAAAAUGAAAGCGGCUAAAUCGUUGUCGCCGGCUCCGAGUAGUGGCGUGUUUUCGAUGGUUUUGACUGUUGUCUUCUGUAUUGUGAUCUUACUACAAGGCAUGUCAUCAUCAUCUGGAAAGAGUUCAGUGACAAGUUUCCAAGGUUCUCCUGUAUCUGCAGGAGGAUCCGAGACCGAGGCUGGUCUUAUUGCAGUUCAACUUCAACAUCACUUGAAUCCAUCUUCAAUUGAACAUGGUGCACCUUCUUUAGAGUCUCACAAAAUUGUACAUGGUUCAUAUUUGCAUAGAAAGCUGAGAUGAGAUGGAGAUUAGUACAGAUUUUUACUGACAAUAAUGAAGAUGGUUUUAUGGCCUUGUCCUCCUGUGUAUUAUUUCUGGGUUAGAACAUUAUGGCAGACCUUGAACCCUAUUUAGCGUGAUAAGGCUUGUUGUUCCCCGAAGUGUAUACAUAUUACUCAAUGAUGGGGUGAAGUUAUAUUACCUUCCUUGAUUACUUGAAGUUUAGGCUUGUAGAAAAUUUUGCUUUUGAAGCUCUGUAAUUUGCAACCACCUAAUUAUUUUGUAUCAAUGCGUUUCUAUCAUUUUCAGUUGUGAAGGCAAAGGUGAAAGCCUUUUCGGUAA